GACCUUCUGCGUCAAGUGUUGGCAGGCGACGGCGGCGUGUGAAUGGAGGCUUCGGCCCCCGGCCGGGCGUGGCGGGGCUGGCGGCUGGCUCGGGCCGUGGGCUCCUCCGGGCUCUUCCGGGCAGCCAUCCUCCUCCUCGUCGCCGCCUUUGUCUUGCGGGCGCCCCCGUCAGUUGGAUAUUUGGUUCGAUUACCAAGAGCUUUUCGCUUGACUCAAGAUACGGUGAAAAUAGUGGGAUCUGUAAAUUUUCCAGUGAGUGUUUAUGUCAUGGUUCAUCAAAAGAGUCCACAUGUGCUAUGUGUAACCCAGCGACUGCGAAAUGCCGAACUGAUAGAUCCAUCAUUCCAAUGGCAUGGGCCAAAAGGAAAAAUUGUUUCAGAAAACAGCACUGCACAAGUAACAUCCACGGGAAGUCUUAUAUUCCAGAACUUCGAAGAGAGUAUGAGUGGAAUUUACACUUGUUUCCUAGAGUACAAACCUACUGUUGAAGAGAUUGUUAAAAAUCUUGAACUAAAAUAUGUUGUAUAUGCUUAUCGUGAGCCCCAUUUUUAUUACCAGUUCACAGCUCGAUAUCAUGCGGCUCCCUGCAACAGUAUCUAUAAUAUUUCCUUUGAGAAGAAACUUCUUCAGAUUUUAAGCAAAUUGGUUCUUGACCUUUCAUGUGAAAUUUCCUUACUUAAGUCUGAGUGCCAUCGUAUUAAAAUGCAAAGAGCUGGUUUGCAAAAUGAAUUGUUCUUCACAUUUUCAGUUUCACCUCUAGACACUGACAAAGGAGCCAAGCCAUGUACAGACCACCAUCAUUGUGAAUCUUCCAGAAGACUGUCUAAGGCUAAAAAUCUUAUAGAGAGAUUUUUUAAUCAACAAGUAGAGGUUCUUGGCAGACGGGCAGAGCCGUUACCUGAAAUAUACUAUAUUGAAGGCACUCUCCAGAUGGUUUGGAUUAAUCGUUGCUUUCCAGGGUAUGGAAUGAAUGAGCUCAAACAUCCAAAAUGUCCUGAAUGCUGCGUGAUCUGCAGCCCUGGGUCUUACAACCCCCGCGAUGGAAUCCACUGCCUUCAGUGCAACAGCAGCCUAGUGUAUGGAGCAAGAGCAUGCUGA